GGCGCGGCUGCGGCUCACUUCAAACUGUGCACAGUGUGUUCGAUUAUUUGAAGUAUACACAGAGGGGACGAAAAAUUGAUUACCACCUUGCACUCGUUUUGCAUAAAACAAUACUGCACUGGGCGAUUCCCGUUCUUCGAAUUUAUGUCACUCGGGGUGUCGUCGGAGUGGAAGAAAGAUUUAACGCAAAGCCAGUGAAAUUUUCAACAUAAGUAUAGAGUGUAGGAGUACUUAUUCUGCUCCGAUACAGUAUUUUUAACUACUUACUUAUCAGGGAAUCGUGAACGCGUUGCUGCAGUAUUUGUAAACUAUAUAAAGUUACAAUCGAGUGCACAUACUUUCAUUUUCUGUAUAAAUGAGUGCGAAACACGUGACGCGAUGACAACGACGAGGUAUCAAAUAUUUACAGAGAGGCAAAGCGCAGACGGUCGCGGAAUAGUCGACAAUUAAAAGAUAUACCAAUAAGCCUGAAUAAAACAUUGACAAUCAUGAGUCUGAUCAGCGAGAAAAGCAACAACGAGAACGACUCGUUAGCGAAUAAAAAUAUCCUGGAGGAAGAGAAGGAAAAUGACAAUGGUAACGUCAAGGAUGCACAGCAUAUUACACCUGAAAUGGUGCUCCGCUUACCUACCAUAACAGACAAUUAUCUAUGUUCACCGGAGGCAAAUACUUAUGACAUUGACUUCACUAGGUUUCAAAUACGUGACCUCGAAACUGGAACCAUACUUUUUGAGAUCUCAAAGCCACCUAUUUCAGAAGAAGAAAUCAAUAAUAGAACAUCACCAUCUCCAUCUCCAUCGGAAGAUGGAAGAAAUGAUUCUAAUGCAGGAAGAUUUGUGCGCUAUCAGUUUACUCCACAGUUUUUAAAAUUAAAAACUGUUGGGGCAACAGUUGAAUUUAUGGUUGGUUCAAGGCCUGCCAAGAACUUCCGAAUGAUAGAAAGACACUUUUUCAGAGACAAAUUGCUGAAGACUUUUGAUUUUGAAUUUGGAUUUUGUAUACCAAACAGCAAGAAUACAUGUGAACAUAUUUAUGAGUUUCCUACACUCCCUCCUGAACUGGUUGCUGAAAUGAUUGCAAAUCCAUUUGAGACAAGAUCAGACUCAUUUUACUUUGUUGAUGAUCAACUUGUGAUGCACAAUAAAGCUGAUUAUGCCUACAAUGGUGGCUUGGAGAAAAAAGAUUGAAUAUUAUAAGUGUUUUAAAAGUAUUUUAAACUAUAGCAGGCCUGAAGUAUUUGGUACUAACAAACAAAGUUUGCUUGUGUAAAUUUAUUUACAUGUACAUAUUAUAUACAAUUGUAUAUUGAGUAUAUAUCAAUUAUUAUCACGGAUGAUACUAUCAUCAGUUUGUUAUAUUUAACAAUUUUUUAAAUUAUUUACACUUCUGAAGGCGUGUUUUUACAAAAAACGCGUUUUUUUUCUCUUGCAGAAAGUAAAAGAUUAAAAUUAAAAAACAUGUUAAUUUAAUAGCAAUUUUACCAACAUCAUAUUAUAUGUGUAUAAGGAUUGAAUUUUUGUCACUCAAUUGAAAAAAAAAUAUACAAGAGCUCAGAAUAAUUUUCGAUCUAUAUAUCUUAAUACUAAUGAACACAAACAGGAAUUUCCUCUAGUCACCUGUGAAUUUCUCAUCAAUGUUUCUCAUUAACAAAUGAAGUUAAACUAUCAAGAAACUCAGCUGGUUUAUCUGCAUGUACCCAAUGUCCUGCACCAGUUAUAUAAUGAAACUUGGCCAAUGGAAAUAUCUUUUUUAUAUGUGGAUGAUCACUUUCUUUGAUGUAAUCACUCUCAGUUCCUGCAAUAAAUAAUGUUGGUCCAUUGUA